AUGAAAGACAUCAACAGUACCUCAAGGGAUAAUAGAUACAAUCCCAGCAACACCAUCUACGACAACAACAGUCAUUAUGCGAGUGCUGAUAACAACAGCACUGCUGUCGGGUUGGACCUAUACCCAGUGGUGGGAUGGCUCAUCAUUUCCUUUGGACUUCCCUUGACUCUCAUCGCCAUUGUUGGAGUUCAUUCUCUUAUUAGAACUCAGCAUGCAACUCCAGUUUACAUCAUCAACCUUCUUGUUUCGGAUCUGAUUCAGCUGUGCAACUUGACCCUUUGGCUGGCAGGCGUGACUCAUCGUAUUGUCUCUUCUAUCUACCAUUUCUGUGUUCUGGUCAGCGUUGGAUUCAUGGUGUGUGUCUCCCUGGAAAGAUAUCUGGUCAUCGCGCAGCCAGUGUGGUACAGAUUCAGACGGAACAUCAAGAUAACUCUGGUGGUCUGUGUUGUAGUCUGGAUCCUUCCUCUUCUUUAUGUCAUCCCUAAUAAUUUGAGUGCUGACCCUCGUAUUGUAGAAAUCAUUGUGGCUGUUUACCUCCUCCUCCCCCUCCCUCUGUUCAUAUUCUUCCUGGUUGGGAGCCUAAGGGCCCUGUCUGCAGCCCGCAGUGUCCCCACUGAUGAGAAAAGACGAAUUGUGGCCAUUCUGAUUGUGGUGCUGCUUAUUUACAUGCUGCUGUUUCUACCCAGCAUUGUCUGGUUACUCAUAGAACAAUCAAUAAACCCUGUUUUUGUCAAUGUAGCUGUUCUUUUGCUAAACAUCAGUCCUCUUGCAGAUUUGAGUAUGUACAUAUUCAUUAGGAAAGGUACCAUAGACAGGCUUUUGGCCUCACUGUGUUGUUGUAAAAUAAGCAGCAUUCAGCCAACGAGCAGCAUGCAUAUGGACAAUAUGUCGGGUUCAUGUAGAGACCCCUUAUAGGUUUUCGUUUUGGAUGUUUUCCAAUAUUCAGAGCAAACAUUCAGCGAAAACUGCAUGUUAUCUCCCUUAAAAAAUUAAGAGAUUAUUUUUCAAUAAUCUCGCUCUUAUCCUUCUCAUAUAUAGUAAAGGAAAAAAAGCUUUAAACAAUGAUGAGAAAAUUAACUCUAUAGGCUUCUGGCCUGUUGUUGCUGGUACCUCUGAGCAGGGCCGCCGCAAGAGGUGUGCGAACCGUGCGACCGCACGGGGCCUCGCGCUAUGGGCCGUUUUUUUUUUCUUCCAAAAUUUCUUUUUUUUUUUCGUUUUUUCCCUUAUAAAUAUCAACAGUCACAUUCCAUUGCAUAAAUGUGUACUAGUC